AUGUCCGAGUCGAGAGCACACCGUCGUAUCGCGCUCCUCUUAUGCGACAUACCCGCUGAUCCGGUUCGGGAAUUGCAUGGGGACUACACAAGGAUUUUCGGAACCUUGCUACAAGAAUCACUUAAGCCCAUCAACGAGACUCGUUCACCUGGUUCACAAACAACAUUCACACUUGAGCCUUUCGACGUACGAGCGCAGGUUUACCCUGAAGAUGAUGAAUACGAUGCAAUGCUACUUACCGGUUCUGCAUCUACCGCCCACGAAUAUGACCAACCAGGUAGAGAAUGGAUUAAAAGGUUGAUUGAGUACGUGAGGGUUGUCGCGACAGAGAAACCGCGGAUAAAGAUUUUUGGCAUAUGCUUCGGACAUCAGAUUAUCGCGCUUGCUAUGGGUGGGACGUGUGUUCGCAACACGCGUUUCGAAGUUUCUGCGACAAAGCUCCAAUUGACUGAACUUGGAAAGAAAGUAUACGGCGUCGAAUCUGGCAUUUUGAACAUUUAUGUAAUGAAUCGUGACCACGUUCCCAAUGAGCCGCCAUCAUUCCAUGUUCUUUCUUCAUCUAAUCUAUCGCCAAAUCAUGGGAUGGUCCUCUUUUCUCAAUCAGAGUCCUCAGAGGAUGUAUCGCACUCGAAUUUCCGGCUCACCGACAUUCAUAUUCUCACCAGUCAAGGCCACCCCGAAUUCACAGAGUCCAUAAUGCAUCAACUUCUCGGGUGGCGGCGAGAGCUUCUUGGUCCCGAACUUUACAAUGACGGCGAGAGUCGUGUAGGUAAUCAGGUCGACGGGGUCGCAAUCAUUGGAAAGGCCAUAUGGGGUGUUAUGGGGGUAGAAUGA